AUGGAUAAGCUAGCCAGGGUGAUGACGGACCCCAUUCACCGCAUGCCCCGCAAGCCGCAGAGCUACAACGACAAGUACGUUGUAGCCUACGACUUCAGCGAGAUCGACUCCGAGACGGCUGUCAAGGAGCUCACCACUCUCCUCAACGACCUAGAGCACGCCGGUCUGCAGACCGAGGUGAGAGCCGGCUAUGAGCAGACGCUCCUCAUUUUCGUUAAGGCUCCCCGUGAGCUUCUUGGGAACACGGUCUACAAGUCGAGAGUGAAGGACUGGCUCUACGGUAUCGUGCCCGACCACCCCGGCGGCAACAACACCACUGUUGUCGACGGCGCGUAUGAGGCCGAGGACAUCCUCUCGGUCUACCAUCUCGUCAACUGGCCCAAGUCUCUUGGCGGUGCUGGCGUCACCCCUGAGACGGGACAGUGGAAGAAUGUCAAGUCCAUCUUUCCUCUUCACAAUGAGGAGACGAACGAGUCAUUGCUGAAGCAUCUCAGCAAGCGUCUGUUCCUGACCAUGGACGACCUUGACUCCAUUCGCGACCUCUGGGGAUCCAAGGUCGCCUUUUAUUUUGCGUUCAUUCAGACCUACCUCGUUUUCCUUUCAUUCCCCGCCAUCACCGGUGUUAUUGCGUGGAUGUACCUCGACAAGUACUCCCUGACCUACGCCAUCGCGACGUGUGUCUGGUGCACAGUCUUCCUCGAGUACUGGAAGAUCCAGGAGGUCGACCUCGGCAUCCGCUGGAACGUCCAAGGCAUCGGCAAGGUCAAGGUCAAUCGUCCACAGUUCAAGUAUGAGAAGAUCAUCAUCGACGAGACCGGCCAACAGAAGCACUACUUCCCCAAGUGGAAGCAGGUGACUCGCCAACUCCUCCAGAUUCCCUUCAUCCUAUUCUCUGCCGUCGCCCUUGGCACCAUCAUCAUUCUCGUCUUCGCCAUCGAGGUCCUCAUUUCAGAAGGAUAUGAUGGGCCGUACAAGAACCUGAUGGAAUACGUCCCCACUUGCUUGCUCGCCAUCGCGUUGCCGUACAUCAGCAGCGGUCUCGAGGAGGUCGCCACCAUUCUCACAAAGUACGAGAACCACCGCACCGCCGACUACCACGAGAUGUCCUUGACGCAAAAGAUCUUCGUCCUUAACAUCAUCACAAACUACCUCCCCAUUCUCAUCACCGCCUUCAUCUACGUCCCCUUUGGCGACGACGUCGUCCCGUGGCUCGAGGGCAUGACCAAGUCCUUCCUCGGCGCCAUCGGUCAAAAGUACAUGGACGACGACCUCACCUUCCACGUCGACUCGGACCGCCUCCGCGACGAGGUCAUCGCCCUCGUCGUCACCGGCCAGAUCUCGGGCUUCUUCGACGAGAACGUCAUGCCCGUCCUCAAGCACAAGGCCCAGGGCCUCUACCGCGACUACAAGCGCGCCCACUCCAAGGACGCCAUGCUCCUGUCCAUUGUCAAGGACGACCCGGACGAGGCCCGCUUCCUCCGCACCGCCCGCAACCAGGCCACCCUCGACAAGUACAACGUCCAGGACGACAUCGCCGAGAUCGUCCUCCAGUUCGGCUACCUCUCCCUUUUCUCCCCCGUCUGGCCCCUCAUCCCCAUCGGCUUCCUCGUCAACAACGUCAUCGAGCUGCGCACCGACUUCCUCAAGAUCUGCAACGAGUUCCAGCGCCCCGCGCCCGUCCGCACCGACGGCAUCGGCCCAUGGAUCAACUCCCUCGACGUCCUCACCUGGGCAGGCUCCAUCUCCACCGGCGCCAUCGUGCACCUCUUCGGCGCCAACACCAUUGGCCGCGGCGCGUGGUGGGCGCUGCCCAUCACCAUCUUCAUCAGCGAGCACAUCUUCCUGGGCCUGCGCGCCGUCGUCAAGUUCGUGCUGCAGCGCAUCGGCUCCGAGCAGAUCCGCAAACAGCGCCAGCAGCGCUACGCCACGCGCGUCAAGCACCUCGAGGAGCUCGAGGCCAACCGGCAGUCCGGGCUGAUGCUCUCCGUCGCCGAGCGUGAGCGCCGCAAGUCGAUUCGCGUCAUGGGCCACGAGUCCUUCUGGAGCACCCAGGCUGACGACGGCGCGAGCGCGGUUGCUGGCAUCGGGCUCAUCCAGGCGGUGAAGCGGGCGGAAGUCAACAACAAGCAGCCCAAGGUGGAUUAA